ACACCGGAAGCGGAAGCGCCUGGCCAGUUCCGGCGGAAGUGGCCGUCGUCCGGGGAGACGCAGCGCUGUGGUGGGAAUGUGGCGGCUAGUGGUGCUGCUGCUGCUGGCCGGGCUCGGCCGGGCCCUGCCGGAGGAUGAGGGGGUGGUGACGGAGCCGGGCGCCGGCGGUUCCGGACCGAUCAGCGGCGAAGCGGUGCGGUACCGGACGGCGGAGAUGGCUGACGCGAUGCUGGGCAGCGGACCGCCGGGCCGGCCGCCCGUGAUGCUCUCGGCGGUGCCGGGAGAGGCGAGAGAAGGGAGGGAAGCGGAGGUUUGCGAGGCGGCGGCCGGCGGAGGGGAGUGCGGCGCUGGGAGCGGGCCCGGGGCUCCUCCCGCCGCGCCCGGAGCGGCCGUCGUGCUGGAAACUGUGCUGCCCGCGGGCGAGGAGCCCAACGGCACUGCCGAGAGCGUGAAGGCCCCCAAGGUGAGCUGCGAGGAGAGAAAUGUUACCGGUAUCAGCAACUUCACGGUGCAGAUCCUGAACGUGUCCCAGGAUCUGAUGGAGUUCUUAAACCCUAACAGCAGUGACUGUACGCUGGUCCUGUUCUAUACGCCAUGGUGCCGCUUCUCCGUAAGCCUGGCACCUCAUUUCAAUUCCUUACCUCGAGCGUUUCCCAUUCUGCGCUUCCUGGCACUGGAUGCAUCACAACACAGCAGCUUAUCAACUCGGUUUGGAACUGUAGCUGUCCCCAAUAUCCUCCUUUUCCAAGGUGCUAAACCUAUGGCUAGAUUUAAUCAUACAGACAGAACGCUGGAAACACUGAAAGACUUCAUUUUUAAUCAAACAGGCAUAGAGGCUAAAAAUGAUGUGACUGUGACAGAGGAAGACUGGAAGGGGCCUCUGCCCAGCGUUCUGACAAAAGGAGUAGACUGGCUGCUCGUGUUUUCCGUGCUCUUCCUGGCCAGCUUUAUCAUGUAUGCUACCGUUCGGACUGAGAGCAUUCGGUGGCUGAUCCCAGGGCAAGAGCAUGAACACCAGGAGUGAUUGGAGGUGCUGAAGCAGAGACACAGUUUGCAGUGUGUGAAGCGGGUUUCGUGUGGAGUGGAAGUACUUAAGAAUGAACCGUUGAAUUUGUUGGUUGUCAUUUAUAGUGUUGAUGGAAAACCAGCUUUGUUUUUACUGAGUUUUUAUAAAGCGAACUGAGGCAAAAAAAAGUGGUGAGUAAACUACUGUGGAGAAACAUGAACUAAAUAAGUAUUUAUUAAAGUGCUCUGACCUGUU